AUGCCCAUGAAUAGAAUAAUGUUUAACAAUAUAUUCGCAAAAUCAAAUUAUUUAGUUGAUUUUAUCUAUAAGAAUUAUUCAGUAAAGGAAAAAAGCAAAAAACUUUUUCCGAUAAUCUGCAUUAUCCUCCUAAUAACCUAUUUCCUUCCUUCGUUUGUCAAUAUUCUUUUAGUUGUCAGUGUUCUUCUUCCAAUAGUCUAUAUUUUCCCUAAAUUACUUUAUUUUAUUCUUCUUAGUUGUUUUUAUAUUCCUUUUCGUGUUACAUGCGUUCUUUUCCCAGCCAUUUUCAUUCUUUUUUUAAUUGUUCGCUUUCUAGAAAAGGGAAGUAGAAAUCAGGAAAAAGAGCAUAGAUGCAUUAAAUGCACUGAAAUUAUUAAUAUUGAUGCUCUUUUAAAUAUUACUGAUCAAUGUAUUCAUAAUAAUAUAUGUCGUAUGUGUAUCAAUGAUUAUAUCGAGAGUGAAGUUGAUAAAAGCAAUGUUAAAAUUUUAUGCCCGGAAAAUGAAUGUCGUAAAGCAUUAAACGAGAAUGAUAUAAAAAAAUUUGCAAGUGAGAGAGUAUUUGGACGGUAUGAAACACUCAUGUUAAAUUUUGCACUAUCCCAAAUUUCUACCUUUAAAUGGUGCUUAAACCCAACUUGUAGAUCAGGACAAGAUCAUUAUCAAGGAGAUGAUGUUCCAAUAAUGAUUUGUAAUUUAUGUGGACAAAAAUCUUGUAUUAUACAUGAACUUUUAAUCGAAACUGAAUGUGAAAAAUGUAAAGAACAUCUUGGAUCUGUGUUAAAAGAAGAAAGAAAGGAGUGCAUUAUAUGUACCGAGAAUUUUAAUGUCAUGGCCUUUUUAAAUAUCACAGACCUGUGUAAUCAUGAUCGUAGAAUUUGUCGUGAAUGUGUAGGAGAAUAUAUCAAGCAUGAACUUGAAGAUAAUGGAAAAAUUAGAAUUUCAUGCCCAGAAGAUGAAUGUAGUGAAAUAUUAGAUCAGAAAGAUGUAAGAGAAUUUGCAAGUGAAGAUGUAUUUAAACGAUAUGAAAAAUUUACACUAAAUUUUGUAUUAUCACAAAUUCCUACCUUUCAAUGGUGCUUGAAUCCAAAUUGCGGAUCAGGGCAGGAUCAUUUUCAAGGAGACAAUGUUCCUAUAAUGAUUUGUAAUUCAUGCGGACAGAAAUCCUGUGUUCUGCAUGGGCAUCCAAUUGACACUGUAUGUGAAGAAUGCACACAGCAGGAAGAAGGAUUUACACGAGAAGAGGAAGAAGAACAUAGACGACAGGAGGAAGAAGAACGUAGAAGACAAGAAGAACAUAGACGACAGGAGGAAGAAGAACGUAGACGACAAGAAGAGCAUAGACGACAGGAAGAGCUCAGACGAAGAGAGGAAGAAGAACGUAGAAGACAAGAUGAACAUAGGUUAGCAACACUUCGAAAUGCUGAAAGUGCAUCAGAAUCCUAUGUGGGUCAACUUAAGCAAUGUCCAAAAUGUGCAAGUAGAAUUGAGAAAAAUGCAGGAUGUGACCAUAUGACAUGUAGAUGUGGACAUCAAUUUUGUUGGGCGUGA